UGUAUCGCAGACUGCAGUAACACUGUACCGGUGCCAAGCUCCAUUCGCUGCUAAUUAACAGCUGCUAUAUUUCUUACAAGGCUUUUGGUGGUAGUAGUUUUACACAUUAUUGAGUUUUCCGCUUAAGCAAGAGUGUAUUAGAUUCAAAGGGUCCUUCAGCAAGUAAGCGAGAAAACCAACUGUAAUUGUUUUCACGUUAAGGAAAUAUUUACUUCUAGGAUAUUCUCGACGUGUUUUUUUUCUAUUCAGGACGUUUUCAGACAAUGGGAAUAGAUAUUAAGUCUGGCUGGUAAGGAAGCGUUUAGUACAACGAAACGCUCAUGGUUUAUAUCGUUUAAAUUGAACAAUUUUAAGAAACACUGGAAACUGCUUCAUUGACUCGACUUGAAUUUUAACUUGGACGAGUUAAAAGUUUUUACUCCGAUCGGUGGAUCCGUCCUAUCGGUGGAAGGCGAAAGAAGAUGUGUUUCCAGUCGACAAAUCCGUGACAGAAAAUUUAAGAUUGCAACCAUUUGAAGGUAAUUCCUGGGACCUGGAUUAAUCUGACACCACAGGAUCCCCAAAGCGCAUCUCACAAUUUCUGUGUUGCUGAAUAAUUGAUUGUCGUGAAAAAUGAGCUCAGCGGAAGACGUUGCCGGUACCGCGCCAGUCAAAGAGGAGGGGGAUGGCAUGUCCUGGUGGUACCGUUGGCUGUGCAAGAUUGCCGGAGUGUUGGGAGGAAUCUCAUGUGCAAUUGCUGGCAUUUGGAACUGCGUUACCAUUUACCCCUUGAAUAUUGCAGCUGGAGUGUGGAUGGUGCUAAAUGCAUUCAUUCUCUUCCUAUGUGAAGUUCCAUUUUGCUGUCAGUUUAUAGAGUUUGCAAAUGCAGUAGCGGCAAGAGCUGACAAACUCCGUCCUUGGCAAAAGGCUUUCUUUUACUGUGGGAUGGCACUGUUUCCCAUCCUGCUGAGCCUAUCCAUCACCACACUUCUGGGAAAUGCCAUAGCCUUUGCAACAGGUGUGCUAUAUGGACUUGCAUCACUGGGAAAGAAGGGUGAUGCAGUGGGGUACGCACGUCUCCAGCAUCAGAAACAGGGUGAUGAGGAAAAACUUACAGGAACUACUGACGAAGUACUACAGUGACAUCACUUCUAGCUCCAAGACAUUCUUAAUUUACUGCUGAUGCUCUUAAUGGGAAAAUGUCUUGUUUGGGAUUAUAAAUUUGAUAUCGGCCUUUUAAAUAAAUGAUUGUACUAAAUAUCUGCUAAACUGACAGUUGAUUCAGGCAACGCCUUACUUUUUCUUUUAUGUUUACCAAUAAUUUCUGCAGGGAUUUAUCAUCAGGUUUAAGACUGAUUCAGAUUAUGUCAGGUGUUUUAUUUAUAUUUAUGUAAAAGUAUAUGUCAUAAACCCUUCAUCAAACUCUUUAUCCUGAUCCAUGACAGGUGUGAUGGAGAGGUUGCCCUAUUUGAUCUGGAAUUGUACUGUACCAGUGGGAAUUCACUUUAAGAUGUGUUUGGUAUUAGCUGGAAUCUCCUCUGAAGCUUCUCUGUUGUUUUCAAUUGAAUCAGGACUGCUCAUUCCCAGAUUUGUUAUACUUCUUCCCUUUACUUCUGUGGGUUUGAAACUGCUCUCCCAUGUGUCACAUAAAGCAUUCACAGUUUGAUGCAAGGUAGAGAUGUUCUUAAAUACCCCCAUGGGCACCAUGGAUUGGGUAUUUUUAUUUAUCAAUGUGUCUUGUGGUUGAGUGUUUUUUGUAGUUGUAUAUAAAUUACAUUUUUUAUUUUUGGUAAUCUAAUUUUAUUUCAUAAGUCACCAAUGGGAAAUUAAAAUUUUACAGCGACUCCAGAAAAAAAUUAAUCAAAAUAAAUUUGAUAAAAACAAACUAUAUUCAUAACAUAGAAUCUGCUCAGAUUGUGCCACAGGAACAUUUUUAAGGAUAUUAAUAUUUGGAUACAGCAGUGUCCAUGAAAGGAAUUGGCCUAACCGGCGUUCACUCUUUCUUUGAAGUCACCAGCAUUAAGAACAAUUCAUCAAAAAGAUGUUGGUACUGAGUGAAUCAUUUCUGUAGCUGAGUCAGUCAGGAUGAUGUAACAUACUUUACCUAGCAGGGCGAAUUCAGUCUGCAAUUCAAUGCCUGGAUCACACAUUUUAGUUUCAAUUAUACUGUGCUCCCUUUUUUUAUCACUGCACAUUCACAAAAAUGUCCAGUCCUCUUCCUGCUUUUUCUACUCACUCUGAUCAAACCUAUCCAGCAUUAAAAUAGUGUCUGAAAUAAGAGGUAUAAGCUGGUUCUUUACAGUACCCAAAUAUCACAGUACCUGAGCUUGCCAUAACAUUGUUGUAAGAUGUAACAGUUCAAAUGAAGUCAUCCGAGAUCUGAGUCCUUUCUAGCGUUACCAGAAUGUUACAAGUAGGAAAAACAACCAAUGAGGCAGAAAGCAGCAUAUAAAUGAUUCUGUUUAUGAAGCACACAAUACCACAUAGUGGUCUUAUUUCUGAAAUAAGGUUGAUCUGAGGUUAAUUUUUCCAAUUUGUUUAGUUAGAAAAUGUAAUAGAUGUGUCUUUAAGCACUCAAUCAUGAAAUAGUGUAGUACUUCACUACACAAUAAAUGCUUCAAUGAUGAAUUUGAAAGAUAAAGUCCUCUCUGUCUGAACCAUAAAAAAGAACCCGUGCCCAUAACACUGUGCAGGUGUUUUUCCAUAUGAAUUGCAUAACUAGAAUGAGCAAAGUAUUGUGCAGCAUAUUUUAUAAGAUGAUAUUUUUUGGCAUAUUGUCCUAAUAAUACUAAUUAAAUUCUUGUUUAUGCAUUUUUAGAUCUCAUACAAUCAUCUAAAACUAAAUAACAGGUAAUAUUUUUUGGUUAGUACUAAAGUACUACUAAAAGUGUAGUUUACUAGUGAACAAAAUCUAAAUCUUCAGCAUGUCAAAUGAAAUAUAUGCUAUUUUGGUCAUUUGGGAUUAUUAAAAAAAAAUCAUUAAAAUUAUUUACUGUAAUUUUUUUAAACAGACAGCUGUUAAAACAUUAUUGGCUGCUUUAAGGCCAAGACGCUUUGCAGUACGUUUUUCCAAACCCUACAGAGGUAACACAUCAUGUUAACUACAAGUAACAACUUUCUUAUAUAUGUUGCAUACAGUUAAAUACCUUGCUGCAUUACUUCACUACAUAUCUGGACUGAUCAUGAGUUACAGCAGCAUUUCUUGUGUGCAAACCUCAUUUAAAAACAAUUAAGCAGUUUAAGUGCAAUUACAGUUCAAAGUUGAAUAAGGUAUGAAAACUGAUCAUUCGUCCAUAAAGUGGAACCUUUGUACUUACAAGUACAGAAAUGUGACAUUAGCGUAGCCUGUAUGUUACAUGUGUGUUUUAUUCAUUUGGGAUGUUUUACUUGUUUGCUUGUUUUCUUUCUGCAGACCUAGUGUUUGUGUUGAAUGUGUUCCUGUAGUAGACCCCGAGUAUUAUAUUUAUUGUUUAUGUACAUUACGUGUGUAUGUCUUUUUAUGAAAUUUAUUUAAACCUUGUACUCAUUCAGUUUCCUUCUUAGCAUUAAAAUAUGUUUGAUAAACUGAAAAAGAAUGGAUUUCUGGAAAAUUAUGACAGCAACAGUCUGUAUUACAGUAUCCAUUGCAUAAGCUACU